ACUUCUCAGUCAAUUUCUACACUAGGGUUUCUUAUUAAACUCUCUCUCGCAACCCUAUCGACGGGCUUCAUUUUCUUGGAUUCCAGUGCCCAAUCUCUCCUGUAACUGGGUUCUUCUGUUCUUGUUGAAUGUGAAAGAAUAUGUAUUCGUCUAGAGGCAGUGGUAACUACGGACAGCAGUCAUACGCUGCGCAGACUGGAUAUGGCCAAAAUUUGGGAAGUGUCUACCCUGGAAAUUCGGUUGGCGGACCCGACUCUCAACAACACCCCAUGGCAUCUAGGCACUCUUCAAUGCUGGGAGCUUCACAAGAAGCUGAUACUACUGCAUAUAGGUCUCAUCCAUCAAGCACCACUCAUUAUGGAGGGCAAUAUAGUUCUGUGUACACCUCAGCUUCUUUAAGUAGCAAACCACAGGGUCCUCAACUGACUGCCAAAGGGAGUGGUGUUCCAUCAGCUUUGGAAGGUCGGGGAGGCUAUGCCUCAGCCAUCCCCGAUUCCCCCAAGUAUCUGUCAAGUGACUAUAUGUCAUCUUCAAAUCAUGGCUAUGGUCAUAGAACUGAUCAGUUGUUCACUGAAAAGGUUACUGAAUAUCCUACUCUUGAAAGGCGGCAAUAUAGUGAGCGUCAGAGUGCCUAUUUGGGGAGGGAUUUGAAAACUGAUGCAGCUGGACGAUUUUCGGARUCAGUUGGUUUUGGGCAUCAACGUCAUCCCGACUCGUAUGACCGUGUUGAUCAGAUGUCCUUGCUUCGGCAAGAGCAGUUGCUAAAAGCUCAAUCUCUGCAAUCAGAUGCCCUCGAUGGGAGCUCAAGACAAAAUGAUUACCUUGCAACAAAAGCUGCUGCUAGUCGUCAUUCCACCCAAGAGCUUCUCUCUUAUGGAGUAAGAGUAGAUGCUGAUCCUCGCAAUGUGUCGGUGCUUAAUUCUUCAUAUAGUGGGCAACAUUCUACAUCAAUUUUAGGGGCCGCUCCACGGAGAAAUGUGGAUGAACUUAUCUACUCCCAGAGUUCAUCAAAUCCAGGUUAUGGAGUGAGCUUGCCACCAGGCAGAGACUACGCUGCAGGGAAAGGGCUUCAUGGCACUUCUCUUGAGUCAGAUUAUUCAGGUAGUAUGUUGACACAUAGUAGCCAUCCAAGGAUUGAUGAACAUAAAGAUGAUAGAGCUGGUUAUCUUCGGGAAUUUGAACUUCGAGAGGAGGAGCGUCGGAGGGAGCGUUUUCGCAUGAGAGAGAAAGAAAGAGAAAGGGAGAAGGCACGUGAACGGGAACGCGAACGGGAACGUGAACGUGAACGAGAACGACGAGAACUUGAACGCGAAAGAGAACGAGAAAGAGAACGAGAAAGAGAACGGGAAAGGGAGCGCCUCUUGGAAAGGCAGAAAGAACGAGAUAGAGAAUUCAAACGUGGGCUUGAAAUUAGGCGUGAGCGAACUCCACCAAGAGUUUCUAAGGACCGACGUGGUUCCUCUCUKACAAAGGAGGGAAGAUCAUUUCGCCGAGAUUCUCCACAUUUUGAAGCUUUGCAUAGGCAUCAUUCACCCGUUAAAGAAAAAAGGAGAGAAUAUGUCUGCAAGGUGUACCCACACAGUUUAGUUGACGUACAACGGGAUUAUUUGUCGUUGGAAAACCGAUAUCCUCGGCUCUUUGUUUCCCCAGAAUUUUCAAAGGUUAUUGUGAAUUGGCCAAAGGAGAAACUMAAUCUUUCCAUUCAUACUCCUGUCAGUUUUGAGCAUGAUUUUAUUGACGAAGGGAGUGUAGCUGGCUCAAAAGAGCUUUCCGACGAGCAURAGGCUAGAGAAUCUAUGAAAUCAGAUCAUGUGAAUAUAGUAUGGAAUGCGAAGAUUAUUUUGAUGAGUGGUAUCAGUAAAAAUUCUCUCGAGGAAUUAUCAUCUGAGAAAAGYUCGGAUGACCGCAUACCCCACUUCUGCAACAUCCUUAGGUUUGCAAUUCUUAAGAAAGAUCGUAGUUUCAUGGCAAUUGGUGGUUCAUGGCAAUCGUCUGAUGGUGGUGAUCCUUCAGUUGAUGAUGCUGCUUUAGUUCAAACAGCCCUUAGAUAUGCAAAGGAUGUUACACAUCUCAACUUGCAAAACUGCCAACACUGGAAUCGUUUCUUAGAGAUACAUUAUGAUAGAUAUGGCAAGGAUGGGGUAUUCAGCCAUAAAGAAGUCUCUGUACUAUUUGUUCCAGAUUUAUCUGAUUGUCUCCCUUCACUAAAUGCAUGGAAGGAACAAUGGCUUGCACAUAAAAAGACCGUCUCCGAGAGAGAGCGCCACAUGGCACUGAAAAAGGAGGUAUCAAAGGAGACGAAGAAGGAAGGCGUGGAAGUCAAAGAAAUGACAUCCACAAAGGAUUCUAAAAGUGUUGAUAACUCAGAAAAAGAKCAGCCUUCUGUGCCAACCAGGCAAGUGGACAUAGAUAAAAAGGGGAAGAGCGACAAAGGAAGUACAUCUGAGGGAAGGGGUAAUGUAAGUAGCACAACACUUGAAAGCAAAGAUGUGGAUGAAAGAGGUGAAGAAGCUCAGAAUGUUGAGAAAUCUGAUCAAGCRGAGGCUGCUGGUGGUAGUGGCACUAAAGAAAGUGGCACUGUGAAGUCUGGAAAAAAGAGGGUUGUCAAGAAGAUUGUCAAACAAAAGGCCAAAACGAUUGGUGAUGCAGCCAGCAAGAAAAAUGACAAACAGGACGAGAAGGUUGAUGCAGAGAAGAAUGCUGACAUUUCUGGACCUUCGGAUCAACCUUCAAAUGAUACUGCUGGUGUCAAGACAUUUACAAGGAAAAAGGUAAUUAAACGGGUGGGCAAAAGUGCUCAAAAUGAAAAGAAAGAAAUACUUGCAGAAGGACAGAAAGAAAUGGACUGCUCUGAGGAUAAGCCUAAAAAGGAUAAUUCAGAUAUGAGUGCAACAGUUGUUCAGGAUAAUGUUGUGAAAACAACGGUGAAAAAGAAAGUAAUCAAGAGGGUCCCUAAAAGAAAGGUUACUGGUGUGGCAUCUAGUGAGGAAGUUUCUAAGAAAGGUGAAGAUGGUGAUGGGGAUGAGAAGAAGGUUACAGGAGAUGAUGAAACACAUAAUGUGGAGAAGUCCACUACAGAUGCUGAUAAAAAGGAAGAGAAGAUUCCUAAAUUGAAGUCAACAUCACCUACUAUGAAACGGCGUGCUUCUGUGAAUAAGGCUGUGAAAGAGCAUUUGAAGAAUGAAAAUGAAACUGGCAAUGACAUCAAUACUGUGACCAAUUUGAUUGAAAAACAAGGUGAGAAGGAUAGCAAUAAUGAAAAGAGAGAAAAAUCUAGAGAUGGUGAACAAUCAAAAGAUGAGAAAGAGAAAAUGGGUAAAGACGAGUCUAGAAGCAAGUCAAACAAAGAAAUAAAAGAAAAGAGAAAAUCCGAGGGGGAAGAUGAGAAAGAGAAAAUGGGUAAAGACGAGUCUAGAAGCAAGUCAAACAAAGAAAUAAAAGAAAAGAGAAAGUCUGAAGAACCUCCACGGCAUCCUGGGUUGAUUCUACAAACAAAAUGGAGCAAGGAUUCCAAAUUUCGAUCAUUGUCACUCUCCCUGGACUCGCUCUUGGAGUAUACGGACAAAGACAUUGAAGAAUCAACAUUUGAGCUUUCACUAUUUGCUGAAUCACUGUAUGAAAUGCUUCAGUAUCAGAUGGGAUGUCGUAUUUUAACUUUUCUUCAGAAAUUGCGUGUCAAGUUCGUGUCAAAGAGAAAUCAGCGGAAGCGGCAACGGGAGGAAAUGCUCAAGGAAGACAGUAAAAAAUCAUCACCGAAGCGGCCAAAGACUAUUGACAUUCCUAGUGAAGAUAAAUCUACUGAGCCAGAAACAUUAAGUCUGUCUCAAGUGGAUGCUGGAGCAUCAGCAGUGGAGGGGAAUAACUCAGCUGAUCAUGUUGAUGAGACAAAGAUGGAAACUGAAACAGAUAACGGUGGUGAAGAGCUUGAAGAAGACCCAGAAGAAGAUCCCGAAGAGUACGAGGAACUGGAUGACGCAAGUUCUCAUCAUAACUCAGAGAUUGAAGCAGAUGAAGAGGGUGCUACAAUUGACACCAACGAAGAAGAUGCUAAGACUGAACCAAAUGAAGAGGGGAAGACAGCGGCAAAUGUAGAACCUGAAAAAGAUGCAGCAAAUCAACCUGAUGAAGUCAAAGGAUCGAUCCAGGAAAGUCUUAGCAAGAAAAUGACGGAGUCUGAUAAAAGACUGGCAGAGGAGGAGACGAAGAAGAAAGAAGUUUCAUCUCCAAAGGAGGCUGUGGUAGACAAGGAGCUACUCCAGGCUUUUAGGUUCUUUGAUCGAAACUUAGUCGGUUAUAUUCGGGUUGAAGAUAUGAGAACGGUAWUCCACAAUAUGGGGAAGUUCCUUUCUCACAGGGAUGUAAAGGAACUUGUUCACAGUGCAUUGUUGGAGAGCAAUACAGGAAGAGAUGAUCGGAUCCUCUACGGUAAACUUGUACGAAUGUCUGACAUUUGAGAUUGUAGUAUGGAUCUGUGGUCAAGAUUUUUUUAGUUUGGCAAACCAAGCAACAAAAAAAGGUAUUUUUUGCUGGAAAUUUGAAGAAUUUGGCAGUUUUGCAUUUUUAUAUGUUAGGUAUUAUUAGAUUGAAUUGUUAAGGCGUUCACAAGAUAAAUAUGAUUGCAGUUUAUUAAAUCUUGAGAAUAUUUUCACCUC